AUGAAUGCAUUGCCCAAUAGAGGUGUAGCUUUUUAAAUAAAACACUAUAUAUUUACAUUCUUAAAUGAUGAACUGAGUUUUGCUGCGAAUGAAACUUAACCUGAUUUGUAUAAAUAUUCUUUAGAAUUGAUGAAGAUCUGGAAAGAUUUAUGCCGGUCAGAGAGAAAAGCCAUCAAGUUGUAGAGAUGUAUGUUCCAUCUGGUGUAAGAAGAUGACUCCACUUUCCUAUGUUGGUUGAUGAAGGCAUCUCCUUUAGAAGACCAUGCCUGAGAUCCCUCACCAUCUUUGAACCUAAGGGAUGCCUUCUUCAGAUGGUGGUACCAGAAGGUAAAAUGUGAAAGCGUAGGAGAAGAGUCAUUGUUGGAAGAGAAAGGAACUCUAUGGGUAACUCUUGUGGGUGGAAGAUUAUUGGUCAACCAUGGUAAAGCUCGCAAAUCCACUUUACACAGAGUGGAUUCUUGAAGCCAUCCACAAAGUGAAAAGGCAGAAGCAGAGGCCCUCAGAAGAGAGGAUUUGCCAUGCCGUUUGCGCAUCCCACGGCUUAGAUAAGAAGACCGUUUCCGAACAGUUGGAGCUAAGUGUCCAAGAUGGCUCCGUUCUCAAAGUUACCAACAAAGGCCUUGCAUCCUACAAGGACCCAGAUAACCCUGGGCGUUUUUCCUCCCUUAAAAUGGACGACGUUCCUAAACCCUCGAAAGGAUCUAAGGGAACCUGUCACGAGCUUCGAAAUGUGGAUUGGAAUAAGCUCCUGCGCAGAGCCAUUGAAGGGCUCCAAGAACCAAACGGAUCUUCCCUCAGAAACAUUGAGAAAUACCUGAGGAGCCAACAUGACCUGGCAGGCGUCUUCAACAACCCCAUCUUUCAGCGGAGAUUGCGCCUGGGGGCCAAACGGGCCGUCAAUAAUGGGAGGCUGUUGAAAGAAGGACCCCAGUACAGGGUGAACCAAGUUAGCUUGGAAAGCCGAGGGACAUAUAAAUACAGUUCAUUUCCAGCCUCCCUCCCGCCCGUCAGCCUUUUGCCUCACGAAAAGGACCAGCCCCGGGCUGAUCCCAUUCCCAUAUGUAGCUUCUGUUUGGGGACAAAAGAAUCAAACCGUGAGAAAAAGCCAGAAGAACUUCUCUCCUGCGCAGACUGCGGUAGCAGCGGUAUGUGGGUUUGUCAAGUCUGCACACCAAAGAAAAAGGGAGGGAAGUUGCUUCAGGAGCGAGCUUCCCAGAUAAGGCGACGCUACACAAAACCUAUUGGACGGCCAAAAAACAAACUAAAGCAACAAAUGUUGUCUGUUCCCAGUGCGGAAGGAUCCAAGAAUGCAUUCCCAGGAAGGGGGUCACCUGGUAGGGGUCAAAAGACUAAAGUCUGUACCACACCUUCAUCUGGUCAUGCUGCAUCUGUGAAGGAUUCAAGCAGCAGAUUGGCUGUUACAGACCUCACCUGGCCUGGUGCCACCGCCACCAAAAUCACCACCAUCACCUCCACCUACAUACCUGCCGCUACACUUAACGUUAACAAGAAAACCCAGGGGCUCAUUGAUGGCCUCACUAAGUUUUUCACACCAUCACCCGAUGGUCGCAGAUCACGAGGUGAAAUAAUUGACUUUUCAAAGCAUUAUCGUCCAAGGAAAAUGGCCUCCCAGAAACCCUCCUGUACUUCUCAUGUGUUGGCUACAGGUACCACACAAAAGCUAAAACCUUCUUCACUUCCGCCCCCGGCCCCCACCUCUGUUCACAGCCCCGGUUCACAAAAAUCCAGCACUUCCAUCUCUUCUGGUUCUCCCCAGAGUUCCUCCGGUCAGCCGUUCGCGCUCUCCUUUAGCGGCCUUCCUAAUCACAGCCAGCUUUUUGAUGGACUUUCUCAUAUUUACGCUGCUCAGGGACAGUCGCGCCCAAAGGGGCAGCCAUGUUAUGCCCCUCCCAAGCGUUGGCAUCGUAAAGCAGCAUUCUCUCCCGCGCCCGCGCCCAAUCCUGCUUUCUGUGAAAAGGAAGAGAUUAGCGAUAGGUUGGUUUCUCCUCCCACCACCACCACUGGGUGGGCUGUGUCUAGAGGACAUGCUUUCAAAGCAAUUGCUGGCUUCGAGCAGACAACCUUCCUUAAAAAGCACGUGGUUCUAGGCAGAUUAAAGUAUAAAGUGACCCCUCAGGUGGGGACCCCCUCGCCACCAGGGAAGGGGAGCUUGGCAGCCGGAAGAAUUAAGCCUGAUCAGGAUGAUGGUACAGAAAUCAAAAUAAGCAUCAAACAAGAAAAUUCAGAUCUGUUUGUGGUGGGAAGCAAGAACUUUGUUACAGAAGAAGAUUUGAACAUGUUUAAACAGGCCCAGGAACUGGCAAUGGAGGUAAGCAGGAGGGCAGGUGUCAGACAUAAUCUUCUACUCAACAGUGGUAGUAAUUUUAAUUACUUAGUUGGAUACUUCUCCAAGGAAAAGCUGUGCCAGCAGAAGUAUAACGUCUCCUGCAUCAUGAUCAUGCCCCAGUACCAAAGGCAAGGAUUUGGGAGGUUCCUCAUCGAUUUCAAAUUUACACCACCAAGUACCAAGUCAUAUUUCCUCCUGGCUGACUGGGACUUGAAAUUCACAUGUCCUAUUGCUAAAGUGCAGAAACUCGGUCUUAGGGACAUGGUGUCUAGGAGCAUUCACAAAUCAUGUAGGCCUUUCAUAUUGAAAAAGAAAAGGGGUCGUAAACGCCGAAAGAUUAAUAGCAGUGUUACAACGGAGACCAUUUCUGAAACCACCGAAGUUUUAAAUGAGCCUUUUAACAACUCCGAAGAAGAGCAGCCCAUGGCACAACUGGAGCCGAAUUGUGAGACGGAUGGAGAACAUGACCAAGUGAAGACUGGGGGGCCAACCAUGUUGCAACACGGGGAAGAGGAAGAACAAGAGGAAGAGGAGCAGAAGAAAGACAAUCAAUGUAACCCGAAAGAGAGUCCAUGCAGAGUUAUGGCCGAAGAGGAUGUGGAUGUCCUCAAAGAAAGCACUAGAGACAAUCUCGAACCCGUAAUGCACAAGCAGGGAUGGCCUAAAAGCAUGAAGCAGUCUUCAUCCAGGCGGAGGCAAAAUAAAGAGAGAAAACCAGGGUUUAAGCUUAAUUUGUACACACCACCUGAGACCCCUAUGGAGCCCGACUGUCAGGGGAAAGGAGAGGAGGCAGAGGAGGUGGCUGAAAAAGAUCCAUCAUCGGCUUCUUCUCUGCCAGAAAAAGGGGAAAACUCUGAAGCCGUUUUCUCAAACGAGGACGAAGGGAGAGAUCUGGUGUCUGAGUAUCUAGAACUUCCCCGGAUGGAAAAGGCAGAUGUCAUGGAUGAAAGCAACAUCGAAACGGAAGGUAUGAGUAGUCAAGAGAAGGACCGGCAAGAGGAGAAGAUCCUGGAGAAAGAUGAGGCUGAGCCUAGAGAAGAACACGAGGGAAAGAAGCAGCCUUGUAAUGAGGAGGGACAUGAGGAUGAAGACGAGGCUGGAAGUCACCCGGGUUCAAAGGAAACAGAGGAGGUCGUAUCAGGUGAAGCUUUCAAAGAAGCGCUUGAGAAUCAAGAAGCUUUUGUAGAAGCCGAAGAACUGAGUGGCAGGCCAAAUGAAAUGGAUUUGAUGGACCGUAAAGUUGACUUUUCGCCCAAGUGUAACAGUGAUCUUAAAGAGCUUCCUGCUCUUCUGGAACCUGAGCCUGACCCAAGAGAGGAAAGCGCAGAAAAUUCCAGCGAAGCCAGUAGCCAUGAACUCAACUGUGUGUUCAAGGAGACGAAUCCAGAAACUCUGGAAAUAGACUCCGAGACCAUCCAGGCAGUCAACUCUUUAACCCAGGAAUCAGCAGAGCAGGAAGACGCGUUCCAGGAUUGUGUGGAGACCCAAGAGGCAUGCCAGAACCUGCAGAAUUAUUCCAACACGGCCCAAAGCCCACCAGCAGCUCCCUUAGAGGAUUGUCAGCCGUCAGAUCACAGCAGCCCCGUUUCGUCUGUCCAGUCUCACCCAAGCCAGUCGGUUCGUUCGGUGAGCAGCCCAAAUGUGCCUGCCCUAGAAAGCACUUACACCCAGAUGAGCUCAGAUCAGAGCGGCAUCUCGGUGUCAUCCCUGCAGAACAUGGAAACCAGCCCCAUGAUGGACGUCCCGUCGGUGUCGGACCAUUCCCAGCAGGUGGUCGAUAGCGGGUUCAGCGAUCUGGGUAGUAUCGAGAGCACAACGGAGAACUAUGAGAACCCGAGCAGCUAUGACUCCACCAUGGGCAAUAGCAUCUGCGGGAACAAUGCGUCGCAAAACAGCUGCUCGUACAACACUCUCACCUCGAGCAACCUGACCCAGAGCAGCUGCGCUGUAACCCAGCAGAUGUCGGGAAUGAACAGCAGCUGCAGCAUGAUGCAGAGCGCCAGCAUCAACUCGCCCCCUCCUUGCAGUGUCAAAUCCCCCCAAGCCUGCGGGGUCGAGAGGCCUCCCAGCAGCAGCCAGCAGCUCUCCCAGUGCAGCCUGGCCACCAACUUCAGCCCUCCUCUCCAACUGAGCGAAAUCGCCGAGGCCGGCAGUGCCAACGUCGGCUUGUACGAACGGGUGGGCCAGGGGGAGUUUGCAGCAGGGCAUUACCCGCAGCCUUCCGCCACCUUCAGCCUGGCUAAACUGCAGCAGCUGACCAAUACCCUGAUGGACCAUUCGUUGCCUUACAGCCAUUCAGCGGCCGUGACUUCCUAUGCAAAUGGUGCCUCUCUAACCACUGCGCUCAGCAGCUCAGGCCUGGUCCAGCUCUCUCAGCCUUCCCACCCGGUUCCAGGAGGGGGCCAAGUCCAGGCGACCAUGACUCCUCCCCCUAACCUCACUCCUCCCCCCAUGAAUCUACCACCUCCCCUUCUGCAGCGCAACUUGGCUACAUCUAACGUUGGCUUGUCCCAUACCCAAAGACUUCAAACACAGAUGGCCGGCAAAGGCCAUGUUUCUGUUAGGACUAAGUCAUCUUCUCUGCCACCAUCAGCAGCCGCCACCGCCCAUCAGCCACAGCUUUACGGGCGCACGUCACAGUCUGUGGCCAUGCAAGGGCCGGCCCGCACCUUAACCAUGCAGCGUGGCAUGAACAUGAGUGUGAACCUAAUGCCAGCUCCCGCGUACAACGUCAAUUCGGUGAAUAUGAACAUGAACACAUUGAACGCCAUGAACGGUUACAGCAUGUCUCAGCCGAUGAUGAAUGGAGGCUACCACGCCAACCCCGGUUACAUGAAUCAAACCGCUCAGUACCCCAUGCAGAUGCAGAUGGGGAUGAUGGGCACCCAGGCUUAUGCUCAGCAACCCAUGCAGACUACCCCGCACAGCAACAUGAUGUAUUCCCCUCCUGCGCAUCAUGGCUACAUAAACCCCAAGCAGUCUUUGAACAGCUCCUACAUGCGGAGGUAGGAGCCUGGGUCCCAAUGCGCGGGGGGGGGAGAUGUUCCCCCCCCUCCCUGCCAAGCAAGCCUGCGAGGAGUGGACCUGCCUCAAUGCGUUGCUGUUUCGGAGCGUGUGAUUCAAAACCAGCAAUUGGUGUAAAUGCAAAAAAAAACAAAAAAAACACUGGUUUGUGGCACCACGAAAAACGUGUAUGCAGAGAAAGCCUUACAUAACGUCCUUUUAGUUUUUGUUCUGUUUGCAAUUUUGCUUUGUUUGCAAAGUUUUUUUGUUUUUUUUUAAAUACAAUUGGUGUGGGAAAACAUGUGUUGCGAACGUGCAAACUCAGCCGAGGGUUCGCGUGCCAUUUUGAAUGUGCCUCUUCCUCUUUGACUCCAGCUCUUCUGGAGCCUAUCCGACUGUGCUGGCUGUCAGCUUUCCUCCCUCGUCUCCACCAUGUAAAUGCCUUUUCGCAUUGCAUUCGUUGGAUUAUUUUGUUCCUCAAAGUGGACACUUCUGCAUGCCGCUGUCUUUGUUAGUGACAGUGCGUUUUGUAGUACUGUACAAGUGUUGUGCUUAACAGUAAGCCAUUUCCUUAAUUGGUGAGUCUUUUGCCUUGAUUAGGUUGUUCCUCUUUAAGAGGUAUUAAUAUAUAUAUAUACAUGCAUACAUAACAUAUAUAUUUUUGCUAAUUAGAUUUUUUUAAAAAAGCAUUGAAAAUGAUUCCAAUUUUGAUUUGAUCAGUUUCUGGGUACUGUUCAUUGGGAAAUUCCUCUCUGUGAUUGCACAAAUCUGAUUUUUCCCCCCUUGGAGCUGAUCCAGAAGACUAUCAUGGUGAAUUGAACCUUUGAAUGGCAAAUAUUUCAUGAAAGAUUAUUCUCCUUUUUUGUUCAGAUAACAGAUCAUUUUCGGUUAAGAAGUGGGGGUGGGGGGGAAGCUUACUGUUACACAGGUUUUUUUAAAAAUUAAGAUACAGGCAUCUAUUGUUUAAAGGAAGCAUUAUCUGUGUGUAAACAAGUUUUUGAAACAUUUUCAUACGCAGAUAAAUUUGCAGGAUUUUUUUUUUAAAAAAACUUUGUGAAUUUGGUGUAAAGUUGCUAUUUUAAGGAAAUGCCUCUAAACUUUACAUUUUCAUUCCAUCUGUAGAUUUUUCUACCUUUAUAAAAUACGGGAGUUAUUUUUUAAGAAAAGUAAAUAGAACAGUAGCGUGUGAAUAGGUCAAAUGAAGUUUAAAGAACGCAUGUAAAAAAAAAAAAAGCAAAUGGUAUUUGUGUCUGUUUAUAUGGUUUCCUUUUCUCCCCCUGCCCCCUUUGAUAGCCUUUGUACCUGUUCAGAGUGACAGUACGAGCCAAAAGUGGUUCCAUCCAUGUAUAAAAAAUACACACGGUGAAACUUCUUGUAUUUAUGUUAACUUUUUAGUCAGUCACUUAAAUAAAACAAAAACAAGCUGUACAUUUUGACAUAAAAAUAAAUUAUGAGCCA